UUUAGGGAAGGUGGAGAGUUAGGGUUUUGGGGUUAGGGUUGUUAUUUAUUUAUUUAUUUUAUUUUUGGAUGGUAAAGAUGGAUGAGAAUUUUGAGCUCGAGGGGGAGGCUCACUAUUGCAAGGGUGACGAAGAAGACAUUAACCCUGACACUGAUCUCUCUUACAUUGAUGAGAAAGUUCAAAUUGUUCUGGGGCAUCAUCUAAAAGCUUUUGAUGGUGCGGUUUCUGUAGAUAAUUUGGGGGCAAAAUUCGGUCCGUAUGGCUCAUUUUUACCUACACAUGAACGGUUACCCUCAACUCAAGUAUGUCGAAAGACUCCACAAAGAGACUCCACCGCACUAAGAUCUCAGUAUAAUUUUUCCAUGGAGGGUGCCUCUCAAGAUUUAAAGCCUACCUCAAAUGCACCCCUCUCUGCGAGAGUUGCCAUUGCUUCCUGCAGUGACCACUCACUUCUGAACUCAGGGAUGCUACCUGGAGGUGUUUCUGUGAAGCAUCAUUUGCCCAUAUCUUCUCAAGUUGCUGAGAAGUUUAAGUUGAAGGAUGGAAGUCCAAAUAAAUCUGAAAAUUUGACCAAUCAAAGAAUACUGAGAGUUCGAAUAAAAGUGAGUUCUGAUAAAAUGGCUCACAAAAGUGUGGCAAUAAAUAGCGGUCUUGGGAUUGAGAACUCUCCAUCUUCAUCAUUGGGGAACAGUGCUGAGGUAAAUGGAGGACGAGAUCCUGUACCUCGAGAGACUGCUGAGGAAUCUCCCACUAGUAUUCUUGAGGUGAUGACUUCCUUUGCAGUCCCUGAGGGUGUGCUGAUAUCACCACUUCAUGAAAGUCUGCUUUGCUUGAUAGGAAAGGAUUCUAAAGGGUGGGAACCUGUACCUCUCCUCAGGAGCAGACAAGAACAUUCUACCUUGUUAGCAGAUGAUUCAUUUGCUAAUAUGCGUGAUGGGAAAGUGUUAAAAGAGAAGAAAACAAAAUUAGUGGGAAAGAGUGGAAGACCUGGAGCACUAAAGCAUAUGACUGAUAUGAAGCAUGAGAGUAACACAACUUCUCUUCCAAAGAAAGAAUUUGAAAUUGAGACCUUAGGGUGUAAGGAGAUAAAUUCUAAUUCCUUAAGAUGCAUACCUCUAGCAAAUUCAAUUUGUUUUUUUGACUCUGUGAAAGGCACAGGUAGUGCAUCUGAAAUCCUUGAGGAGGCUAAUAAGGAUGGGAGGUGCAAUAUACUAUUUUCAUCCAACUUGGGGAUGGAAGAUUCAUUAGAGUCAAUAUCUGGCCAGGACAGUGGUGGGAGUCAGAAGAAUAGUAAAAGCGGUUUGGUUGAACGGGUUUGGGAACAGGGAGGGGUAUGUUCUCAGAAUGAUGUUUCACAUUACCAUAUGCAAAAUGGCAGGUGUAAAGACAACAAAGCAAUUGCCCCUUCAAAAUCUCAUUCAGACGGAUCCAAAUCUAUUGAAGUUGCAAUAGCUCCUCGAAAACAGAAGGUUGAUAAGAAACUUCCAAAUAAUGUACGAGAUAAAACUGAUGAGUAUGGUGUGAGAACUAAUCCAUUCAUUGAAGGUAAGAAGUCAAAUGGCAACCAAAGAAGAGGAAAAGCUUUUACUCUUUCAGUAAAGCAAAGCUCGAGGAAUGGUACUGGUAUGGCACCAAAAGAUACGACUGCUGCUUAUGAUGCUUCUACAUGCAAAAGUAAGAAGCAGAAGUUGAAAUUGGGAAAAGAUAUGAAUAAGGACAAGAAUUUUCGUUAUGAUUUUGCAGAUGCAAAUUUGGGGAAGUCAAAGAAUCCAUUGGAGAGGCAGUCUGGUGGCAGGCCGAAGGACUUUGGCCCAAAUAAUUUGGAAGUAGAACUCAAACAUGAUGCAUUGUUGGAUAAAUCAUGGGAAAAUUCUAGUGGUAAAGAAGUGUCCAAUCAUGCAAUGCAUGGGCCAUUUGUCAACAAUGCUCCAUUUGAAGGUCCUUGUAAUCUGGAAAGUAGACAUGGUACUGAAAGUGUUGCAGCUGUAGUGAAUCCUAUACUUAUAGAAGAGAACUGGGUCUGUUGUGACAGUUGUGAGAAGUGGCGGCUGCUACCAAUUGGAACAAAGCCUGAGCAAUUCCCAGAUGAUUGGUUGUGUAGCAUGCUAAACUGGCUGCCUGGAAUGAAUCGGUGUGAUAUCAGUGAGGAGGAGACAACAAAAGCUGUCAGGGCAUUGUACCAACUUUCGGUUAUUGAGGGUCAAAAUAGCAUUCAAAAUUAUGGUAAUGUAACUGCUUCAGUGACAACUUUAGCUCAUGGCAGACAGCAUGACCAGAGCCUCAGUUCUGUUUCAAUUCGUGGAAAGAAAAAUAAUGGCUUGAAGGAAAUUCCUAAAGCAGAUGGUAGUGGUGGGAUUCAGACAUCAAAGUCCACUAAGAACAAACUGCGGGAUUCUGUGAAAAGUAGAAGUAUAAAUGAAAUGAACCAGCCUCUUCCAGAAUCAAAGAUUAUGAAGAAACCAAAUUCUCUCCAUUUCAAUAUGUCAUGCAACUUGAAUGCUGGGAAGGACAAAUGUAAAUCAAAAGAAAAGCAAAUGAAUGGAGGUGAUGCCAAGCAGUUAAAUAUAAAAAACAAGAGGAGUGCUGAUCAACAUGAUUAUGCAACUUUGAAGAAAUCUAAGAUAAAAGAUAUGUGUGCAACGGACAAACAUAAGUAUUGUGAUGUGGACAUUCGGAGGGUGGAUCACCAGACAAGUGCUGGUUUGCAAUCUAAGGCAGGUGGGAAGAGAAUGCUGGAAUAUGGGUUCUCUUAUUUAGAGGAUGUGAAGGGUGAUAUGAAGGACAAAUUACUUCUUCCUAGGAAGAAAUUGGGAGAUCAAGCUGAGGUCUCGUUGGAUGGUGGAUCCUUGGAUAUGAAAACACAAGAUUUAAGAAAUAAUUCUGUGAAGAAAAGAAAGCAACUGGAGAAUCUUAAUGGGCUUGAUAGUAAGGAAUAUAUAAAGGAGGAAAGCAGUGAAAUUGGGUCUGGGUGGGAAAAGAAACCCAGGGUUCAAAAGACUGCGGGAAAGAACUCCAGUGCAAAUAAAGGUGCUGGUCAUAAAUCUAACAGUAGGCUGACACCUUUCAUGUCAAGUAACGAUCAUCUUGUUGAUGGUAUGGAAAAUGUUAGAAGUGUUGAUAAGGAUCAGCAACUUCAGAAACCCAGAAGAAAACUAGCAUCUCAACAUGCUUUGGAUGGCAUAGAUUUAAUGAGAAGGGUUUUUGGAUCUGGAGAAGUGUCUGAGGCAACAACUUCAAGCUCUUCAAAGGUUACAGGUUCUCAUAAAAAUAGAGCAAACUUUGCAGAAGUCAAAGGCUCACCAGUAGAGUCAGUGUCCUCAUCUCCAUUUAGGACCUUCCAUCCAGAUAAACUUACAUCAACAGCAGAGGAAAUUUUUGGGAAAGAUGAUGGUGGAAGUAAUCGUCCACCUGUUGACAGCAAUCCUGGAAGUUGCUGGAAUGGGGAAGGUGUUGGUGAGAUUAAUCAAUCUUUUUUGAAGAAGAAUGUGAAGUAUGAAUCAGAGAUUGACGUUCCUAAUCAUGCAAUGUGCAAGGAAAUUAGAAAUGAAGAUAAAAAUAGAAUUCCUGAGAGGUCUAGGUCUAAGUUUUCUGAGGAUGAGAAGACUCUCAUUAGCAGGAGGGAUCUUGAAAGGCAAUUGCCAAGUGAUGGUAGAAUGGAAAAGCAGGUUGCAGUUAAGGAAAAUCAAGAUUCAAAUUUGAAAUUGUGUGCUAAUACCAAUAGAAAAGUUGCCUCCCAGCAAAACCUGAUGCUGGAUUAUGGGGCUGAAAAGAAGGUUAAUCAUUUACAAAGAGAGGAAAGAAAUGGGAUAUCGAAGUUGGUAUCACUUUGUCAAAGUAAUGGUGGACAAAAAAUGGGGGUUCACCAAUUAGUGCCGGGAUCCCAAAGGGAAGGGAUGCUUGAUGAAAUUCCAGUUGAUUCUCGCAAAGGUGAUGUGUCAAAAGCAUCAAAUCAUCCAGGAACUGUGGGUAACAGGAAUGGAGCUCAGCACAGUCCAAGUUGUAGAAGUAUGAAAUCCUCCAGUCAGAAUGCUACUAAUGCCCUGAAAGAAGCCAAAGAGCUCAGAGACUAUGCAGAUCGCCUUAAGAGCUCAGGCUUUGAUUUUGAAAGUAAUGAGGCUUACUUCCAAGCUGCCCUACAGUUUCUUCAUGGGGCUUUUCUUCUAGAAACUUUCACUAAUGAGAGUGGAAAAAAUGGGGAGAUAACUCCAAUACAAGCGUAUAACACUGCAGCUAAACUUUAUGAAUCCUGUGCCCAUGAAUAUGAAAGAUGUCAAGAGAUGGCUGCUGCUGCUUUAGCCUAUAAAUGCAUUGAGGUUGCAUAUAUGAGGGUAGUUUACUGCAAACAUUCAAGUGCAAGUAGGGAUGGGAAUGAGUUGCAAACAACUUUACACAUUGCUUCUCAAGGUGAAUCUCCGUCUUCUUCUGCAUCAGAUGUUGAUAACUUAAAUAAUCAAGUAACAGCUGAUAAGGCUACUUCAUCCAAGGGUGCUCCUUCUUAUAUUACUGGAAACCAUGUCAUAGUUGCUCGAAACCGCCCAAAUUUUAUUCGGUUGCUUGACUUUACACAGGAUGUAAAUUUUGCUCUGGAAGCCUCAAGAAAAUCACAGAAUGCUUUUGCAGUAGCUAAUGUAACCCUUGAAGAGGCUCAAAAUACAGAGCGUAUUACUACUAUUAGGAGGGUGAUUGAUUUCAGCUUCCAGGAUGUGGAUGGACUCAUUCGUCUAGUUCGGCUUGCGAUGGAGGCCAUAAACUGUUCUGGUUUUGGUGGUGCUAGAGAUUAGCUUACACUGUAUAUAUUGUGUUUGUCUGGUUUACAUUUCGCCACUGGGUAGGCAUCAGGAAAAGAAACUGGGAAGAAGGUGUCUGCCUGGACUUG